AUGUUUGGACACCUUUGCUUCCUCUUGGAUCGAUUCUUUAUAGCUACUAUGUCUGAUGAAUUAAAGCCUGUUGAAAACACUAUGACCACAGCUAAUGAAGAAGAGCGAGAAUCAUUUCAUGGGGACGUCAUUAGAAGAAGAUCAGUGGUUUCAGAAGAUGAAGAUGAAGAAUUAGAUGAAUUUGGAAGAGUGAAACGUCGCAGAGAAAAAUUCAAGAGAGAGAGAUCUGAAGAGGAUGAUGUGGAUCGAGAUGAGCGCUCUGAAAGUGAUCGUGGCAGAAGAGAGGAUAGAUACCAGCAUAGACGCCAUCACCGCAGACCUUCUUCUGGCUCGCGUUCACCAAGACGUUCAUACCGUCGUCGACACUCAGACUCUGACAGCGACUAUGAACACCAUCGCAGUGACAGUAGACAUCGACACCGCCGCAGUGAUAGCUACCGAGGCUAUAGGGGUCAUCAACACCAUGGCAAUAGAGGUGGCGCGGAUCUCUACUCUGAGGCAGCACAAUAUAUCGAUACUGAAUUUUAUCCUACCAAAGUUUAUAUCGGUGAUCUCGAAAGUGUUGAUGAGAGUCAAAUCGAAUCUGUAUUUUCUCGUUUUGGGCCUUUACAAAGCGUCAAACUUGUGGAGGGGAAGGAUUAUGGAUUCAUUACAUUUGAGAAGAAAGAGGCUGCAUUAUCUGCUAUCCAAAGUAUGCAUGGUGCAUUGUUGGGAGCCAGACAUAUCAAAGUAAAUCGUGCCAAAAUUCCUGAGAGAAACAAGGUUGGAUUUGGCAAUGUACCUUGGCAAGAUGAGGAUGGCUUGAUGGCAAAGGAAGCAUCAUUUGACAGCUAUGUUAGAAGAAGCUCAUCCACUAUAAGAAUGGGUUUAGAUGACUCAAGUCACCCUUUAUUGGACCCUGCGGCUGCUGCUAUACCUCGCCGAGUAUUAACAAGUUAUGAUGAUCUCUAA